AUGGCGAGCGCCCUCGGCCCGCGGUGGCCCCUGCGCCCGGCCCCGGGCGGCGGCGGCGGCGGCGGCAGCGGCGGCGGGGGGCUCCUCUUCGUGCUGCUCUGCGCCUCGGCCGGCCUGCCCCGGAGCGGCCAGCAAGUGCUGCGGAUCGGAGGGAUAUUCGAAACUGUGGAAAAUGAACCUGUUAAUAUUGAAGAAUUGGCUUUCAAGUUUGCAGUCACCAACAUUAAUAGAAACAGAACACUGAUGCCUAAUACCACAUUAACCUAUGACAUCCAGAGAAUUAACCUUUUUGAUAGUUUUGAAGCCUCAAGAAGAGCAUGUGACCAGCUCGCUCUUGGUGUAGCUGCUCUGUUUGGACCUUCCCACAGCUCCUCCGUCAGUGCAGUGCAGUCCAUUUGCAAUGCACUUGAAGUCCCACAUAUUCAGACCCGAUGGAAGCACCCUACAGUGGAUAACAAAGAUGCAUUUUAUAUCAACCUCUAUCCAGACUAUGCAGCCAUCAGCAGAGCAGUUUUGGAUCUUGUACUGUACUACAACUGGAAAAUAGUAACAGUAGUAUAUGAAGACAGCACAGGUCUAAUUCGCCUGCAAGAGCUCAUCAAAGCCCCUUCUAGAUACAACAUUAAAAUCAAAAUCCGCCAGCUGCCCUCUGGGAAUAAAGAUGCCAGGCCUUUACUCAAGGAGAUGAAGAAGGGCAAGGAGUUCUAUGUGAUAUUUGAUUGCUCACAUGAAACGGCAGCGGAAAUCCUUAAGCAGAUUCUCUCCAUGGGAAUGAUGACAGAAUACUACCACUACUUUUUUACAACACUGGAUCUAUUUGCAUUAGACCUGGAACCCUACAGAUACAGUGGAGUAAAUAUGACAGGGUUUCGCCUGCUCAACAUCGAGAACCCACAAGUUUCAUCAGUCAUUGAGAAGUGGUCAAUGGAGCGUCUGCAGGCACCACCAAAACCAGAGACUGGCCUCCUCGAUGGCAUGAUGACAACUGAAGCAGCUCUCAUGUACGAUGCUGUUUACAUGGUAGCAGUGGCCUCCCAGCGUGCCUCCCAAAUGACUGUCAGCUCCCUGCAGUGCCACAGACACAAACCGUGGCGUUUUGGACCCAGAUUUAUGAAUCUGAUAAAAGAGGCACGGUGGGAUGGCCUGACAGGGCGCAUAACCUUCAACAAAACAGACGGCUUACGGAAGGAUUUUGAUUUGGACAUUAUUAGCCUCAAGGAGGAAGGAACAGAAAAGGCUGCUGGCGAGGUUUCUAAUCAUUUAUAUAAAGUGUGGAAGAAGAUUGGGGUUUGGAACUCAUACAGUGGCCUUAACAUGACAGACAGCAACAAGGACCGAUCGACCAACAUCACAGAUUCCUUGGCUAACCGGACGCUUAUCGUCACCACCAUUUUGGAAGAUCCCUAUGUUAUGUACAAGAAGUCUGACAAGCCCUUGUAUGGAAAUGACAGAUUCGAGGGUUAUUGCCUGGACUUACUAAAGGAGCUGUCAAAUAUUUUAGGCUUCAUCUAUGAGGUCAAACUAGUUUCUGAUGGUAAAUAUGGAGCCCAGAAUGACAAAGGAGAGUGGAAUGGGAUGGUCAAAGAACUCAUAGAUCAUAAAGCUGAUCUGGCUGUUGCUCCUCUCACUAUUACCUAUGUAAGAGAGAAAGUAAUUGAUUUUUCCAAGCCCUUCAUGACGCUGGGAAUCAGUAUCUUGUACCGGAAGCCCAAUGGAACAAACCCUGGUGUUUUCUCCUUUUUAAACCCUCUUUCUCCUGAUAUUUGGAUGUAUGUUCUCCUAGCCUGCCUUGGAGUCAGUUGUGUCCUCUUUGUCAUUGCAAGGUUUACACCAUAUGAAUGGUAUAACCCCCACCCGUGCAACCCAGACUCAGAUGUGGUGGAAAACAAUUUUACUUUACUAAAUAGUUUCUGGUUUGGAGUUGGAGCUCUCAUGCAGCAAGGAUCAGAGCUGAUGCCCAAAGCUCUUUCUACCAGAAUAGUUGGAGGAAUAUGGUGGUUUUUCACCUUAAUCAUAAUCUCAUCCUAUACUGCCAACCUGGCUGCCUUCCUGACUGUGGAGAGGAUGGAAUCGCCCAUUGAUUCAGCAGAUGAUUUGGCAAAGCAAACCAAGAUAGAGUAUGGGGCUGUUAGAGACGGAUCCACAAUGACCUUCUUCAAGAAAUCCAAAAUAUCAACAUAUGAGAAGAUGUGGGCAUUCAUGAGCAGCAGGCAGCAGACAGCGCUGGUGAAGAACAACGACGAGGGAAUCCAGCGUGUGCUCACAACGGACUAUGCGCUGCUAAUGGAGUCGACCAGCAUAGAGUAUGUGACUCAGAGAAAUUGCAAUCUCACCCAGAUCGGAGGGCUCAUUGAUUCGAAAGGCUACGGUGUGGGAACCCCUAUAGGGUCUCCUUACAGAGACAAGAUCACCAUCGCCAUCCUCCAGCUCCAGGAGGAGGGAAAGCUGCACAUGAUGAAGGAAAAGUGGUGGCGAGGCAACGGCUGCCCCGAGGAGGACAGCAAAGAAGCCAGUGCUCUCGGGGUGGAGAAUAUUGGGGGCAUCUUCAUAGUGCUCGCUGCAGGGCUUGUUCUUUCCGUGUUUGUAGCCAUUGGUGAAUUUAUAUAUAAAUCAAGGAAAAACAGCGAUAUUGAGCAGUGUCUUUCUUUCAAUGCGAUAAUGGAGGAGCUUGGAAUUUCACUCAAGCAUCAGAAGAAGUUAAAGAAAAGGUCAAGAACUAAGGGGAAAUCUUCAUUCACAAGUAUCCUUACUUGUCACCAGAGGCGGACACUGAGGAAAGAAACCAUAGCGUGAGCAAGAGAGACCCCUUUGCAGAAA